UAUUUUCGCGCCUCCUUGCAAUGCGCACGCCCAAAAAAUUUCACGGCGUGCAAACCCCCAUCCCCCACCAGACACUUUCUGCGAUGGUUUCUUUCCGAGUAAAACUGCAGCGAGUAUAGGCAUACAAGCACACGACACACCAUCAUGCCGCCUAAAAAGGACACAAAGGGUUCAUCAAAGCAGCCACAGAAAACACAAAAGAAAAAAGAGGGAGGAUCUGGUGGCAAGGCCAAAAAGAAGAAGUGGUCCAAAGGGAAGGUACGCGACAAGUUAAACAAUCAAGUACUCUUCGACAAGGGUACAUACGACAAAUUGCUGAAGGAAGUACCUCAGUACAAAUUGAUCACGCCAUCGAUCGUCAGUGAGAGGCUAAAGAUCCGCGGAUCCCUCGCUAGGAGAGCACUGAUCGAGUUGCAGCAGAAGGGACUCAUCAAGCAAGUUGUGCAACAUCAUGCACAGUUGAUCUACACGCGGACCACCAAGGGUGACGAUCCAGCCGCGUGAUCCAUUUCUUCACGAAGACUAUGUAUAUACAAAUCCUGUGUGUUUAAACAUGCCUAAAAAAAUAAAUUCAUUAAUCUCUUUCUACUA